AUGGAGGAUGACGGAGGGCGGAUAAAGCUCAAAGAGCUGUCAGUCGGGUUGUAUGCUGGUAUAGAAGAAAGGAAGAGUAGGGAUCCGAAGGCUGAAAGAUGUAGCAGAUUUGCGGGAGCGCUCGGCUUCCCAGGUACCGCCAAGUUACCAGCCUUUACCACCGUAUAUCCGCAAUUGGCCAAGUACCGACAAUGUCCCACCACAACCCCACCACGUUCCACCAAAUGGCAAACACCAGCCGGCCCUCUGGACCAUGCUUCUUCUACGGGAGUUACAGCAUUUGUUCCCCCACAUAAACUAACCCCGUCUGGAGUCUAG